AUGGCUGCUAAGCUGCGAGCGCAUCAGGUGGACGUGGACCCGGACUUCGCGCCGCAGAGCCGGCCGCGCUCGUGUACCUGGCCCCUGCCGCAGCCCGACUUGGCCGGCGACGAGGACGGAGCGUUGGGUUCAGGGGUGUCUGAGGGCGCCGAGGACUGCGGGCCGGAGCGCCGGGCUACGGCCCAGGCGAUGGCCCCAGCGCCGCCGCUGGGCGCGGAGGUCGGACCGCUGCGGAAAGCGAAGAGCUCCCGGCGGAACGCGUGGGGGAACCUGUCCUACGCCGACCUCAUCACCAAAGCCAUCGAGAGCGCCCCGGACAAGCGACUCACGCUCUCGCAGAUCUACGACUGGAUGGUCCGUUACGUGCCCUACUUCAAGGAUAAAGGCGACAGCAACAGCUCGGCGGGCUGGAAGAACUCCAUCCGGCACAACCUGUCGCUGCACACCCGUUUCAUCCGCGUGCAGAACGAGGGCACAGGCAAGAGCUCCUGGUGGAUGCUGAACCCCGAGGGCGGAAAGACAGGCAAGACCCCGCGGCGGAGGGCCGUGUCCAUGGACAACGGGGCCAAGUUCCUGCGCAUUAAGGGCAAGGCGAGCAAGAAGAAGCAGCUGCAGGCACCUGAGCGAAGCCCCGAUGACAGUCCCCCAGGCGCGCCAGCCCCGGGGCCCGUGCCUGCCACUGCCAAGUGGGCCACCAGCCCGGCCUCGCACGCCAGCGAUGACUACGAGGCGUGGGCCGACUUCCGCGGCGGCGGGAGACCCCUGCUCGGGGAAGCGGCCGAAUUGGAGGACGACGAGGCCCUGGAGGCCCUGGCGCCAUCGUCCCCGCUCAUGUACCCGAGCCCGGCGAGCGCGCUGUCGCCCGUGCUAGGUGCGCGCUGCCCCGGGGAGCUGCCCCGCCUGGCCGAGCUGGGGGGCCCGCUGGGCCUGCACGGGGGCGGCGCGGGGCUGUCCGAGGCCCUGCUGGACGGCGCGCAGGACGCGUACGGGCCGCGGGCCCGGGCGGGGACGCCCGCCUACUUUGGCGGCUGCAAGAGCGGCGCCUACGGCGGGGGCGGGGGCUUCGGGCCUCCGGCGCUGGGCGCGCUGCGCCGCCUGCCCAUGCAGACCAUCCAGGAGAACAAGCAGGCCAGCUUCGCGCCGGCCGCCGCGCCCUUCCGCCCGGGGGCGCUGCCCGCGCUGCUGCCGCCGCCGCCCGCGCCCAGGCCCGGCCCGGUGCUGGGCGCGCCCGGGGAGCUGGCGCUGGCGGGAGCGGCCGCCGCCUACCCUGGCAAGGGCGCGGCCCCGUACGCGCCGCCGGUGCCCUCGCGCAGUGCCUUAGCCCACCCCAUCAGCCUUAUGACGCUGCCCGGCGAGGCGGGCGCCGCGGGCCUGGCGCCGCCGAGCCACGCGGCCGCCUUCGGGGCCCCGCCCGGUGGCCUCCUGCUGGACGCGCUGCCGGGGCCGUACGCGGCCGCUGCCGCCGGGCCGCUGGGGGCCGCGCCCGACCGCUUCCCGGCCGACCUGGACCUCGACAUGUUCAGCGGGAGCCUCGAGUGCGACGUCGAGUCCAUCAUCCUCAACGACUUCAUGGACAGCGACGAAAUGGACUUCAACUUCGACUCGGCCCUGCCUCCGCCGCCGCCUGGCCUGGCCGGGGCCCCGCCCCCCAACCAGAGCUGGGUGCCGGGCUGAGGGCCGCCUUCCCUCGCCCCCGGGCGCCCCGCCCCGCCCCCAAGGGGCUUCUGUCUUCCCGUCCUGAUCCCCUGGGCCCCAUCCCCAUUCCAGCU